UUAUUGUUUACGUCAGAUUUCCCAAACUAAAUGCAAAUACUACGCAUAAAUAUUGCAUUUUUUUCUUAAAUAAUGCGUUAUCACAACCAAAACAUUUAAUUAAUCUGUUAAAUAGUUUUAAAAUGUGCACAUUUUACGAUAAAAGAGAUUAAUGUAUAUAACCAGACACAUAACCUAGAAGGUGUUAUAUACUUCGCUAUUUUAUUCGUUAUAUACGAAUAUUUCAACCAUGGCUUACCAGUUAUCAAGGAGGGAGGUUGAAGAUUUACGCUCUUCCCUCGACCGCGCUAUUUACAGGACUAUAGGGAAAUCCGAUAGCUCCUUACUUUCUACUGUGUCUUCCUGCCUCACAAAUGGGUACGAGCGUCGCAAGAUAAUAGAUAAGAUAUCAUCGCACAUUGACUCAAAGAAAGCGAGCAAGCUUGCUGACAAAGUAAUUGCUCUCGCUCAAGAGCUGGUCUCCACGUCAAAGACACAGAAACGGAAAUAUGAUGACAAGGAUAAGGACAAAGAUUCAAAGAGAUCCCGCCAUGACGAUAGACAUGAAUCCCGCGAUGAGAAACGUGACCGGGAUCGGGACAAGGAUAGGGAGGAUAAAGAGAAAAAAGCAGAUAACGGUAUGGAGCUACCUUCCAUACUCCCUGAUGGGGAGACAAUCGGCUCCAAGAUGGCCGGUCUGAGCGCUGAUAAAAUUAAGGUGAUGAUGGCAAACGCUCAAAAGGAGAUCGAAGAACGCAAACGCGCGUUACUCGCCCUCAAGGGGGAGCCCCGGAAUGUGACCACCGCAGCGGCUGCAGCGCAGCAGAUCAAGGUGCAGAUGCAGCAGAACAAUGCGAUACCACCCCCGAGCGUCAUCAAACCGGUUCUCUAUUCUAAGCCUGCCGUUCAACCCAUAACCGCUGAGGAGUUGGAGAAGCAGAGAAAGAUAGCGGAACUUCAGGCCAGGAUACAGAGGAAGUUAGCGGGUGGAGCGCUGGCGGCGGCCGGCGCGUCCGGCCCGGCGCCGCUCAUCCUGGACCGCGAGGGGCGCACCAUCGACACCAGCGGCAAGAGGGUCCAGCUGACGCACGUGGCGCCCACGCUCAAGGCCAACAUCCGCGCCAAGCGGCGCGAGGAGUUCCGCGCGCAGCUGAGCGCGCCGGGCGGCGAGGCGGAGGGCGGCGCGCGCUGGCACGACGCGCGCGUGCGCACCCGCGCGCCCGCGCGCACGCGCCGCGCGCUGCGCUUCCACGAGCCCGGGAAGUUCACGCAGCUGGCCGAGCGCCUGCGCAUGAAGGCGCAACUGGAGAAGUUGCAGAACGAGAUAUCUCAGAUCGCCCGCAAGACGGGCAUCUCGUCCGCCACCAAGCUGGCGCUGCUGGCCGCCGACGUGCCCGACUCCGACCGCGUGCCCGACAUCGAGUGGUGGGACAGCGUGAUCCUGAUGACGCCUGAGGAGCGCGAGGCGAAGCGCCAGCGCUCGGUGGGCAGUUCGGCCGACGGGCGCUCCGACACGCAGCGGGUGGAGGCCUGCAACCUGGGCGCCGACGACAUCGUGGAAAACGUCAACGAGGACGCAAUCACCAACCUCGUGGAGCACCCGCAGCAGCUGAGGCCGCCCACGGAACCGUUAAAACCGACAUACAUGCCAGUCUUCCUCACGAAGAAGGAGAGGAAGAAAUUGAGACGACAGAGCAGGAGGGAAGCUUGGAAGGAGGAACAGGAGAAGGUGCGACUCGGACUCGAAGCGCCGCCUGAACCGAAGUUGAGGAUAUCAAACCUGAUGAGGGCGUUGGGCACGGAGGCAGUCCAGGACCCCACCGCCAUCGAGGCGAAGGUCAGGGAGCAGAUAGCGAAGCGACAGAAGACACAUCUGGAAGCGAACAAGGCGAGGGCGCUCACGAAGGACCAGAAACGGGAGAAGAUAGACAGGAAGAUACGGGAGGACACGUCGAUGAGCGUCCACGUGGCUGUCUACAGGGUGAAGGACCUGUUCGAGUGCGCGUCGGCCAAGUUCAAGGUGGAAGUGAACGCGCAGCAGCUGCACAUGACGGGCUGCGUGGUGCUGCACCGCGGCUGCUGCGUCAUCGUGGUGGAGGGGGGGCCCAAGCAGCACGCCAAGUACAAGCGUUUAAUGUUGCAUCGCAUCAAAUGGGAGGAAGAGAUGGUCAAAGAUGCGGACGGUCAGCAGACCGGGAACAGCUGCCACCUCGUGUGGGAGGGAUCCACCUCCAAGAGGGCAUUCGGAGACAUCAAGUUCAAGGUGAUGCCGACGGAGAAGCAAGCAAGAGAACUAUUCCAUAAGCACGGCGUGGAGCACUACUGGGACCUCGCCUACAGCGGAGCCGUGCUCGGCGCUGGCGCAGAGGAGCCCUAGACACGGGAGCCCCAGUGGAAGACUCGAGAUACUAACAUGCAGUUUUAAACAAGAUGUGUAAAAGAUUAUAAAUAAAUACAUUAAAUGUC